AGUAGGCACAUGGCUUUCUUCUUCAUUUGUUUACUCUUUUCAAAUAUCCUCACUUUCAUUAUCUCAACUAGAUUUUCAGUAGGCUCUUGUCAGCCUUUACAAGAUUCUAAAACACUUUUUGCCAAAUUAGAACGAGACGUUCCAGUGCCAUUUGAAGAAAACACCCCCUUCACUGAUUCCAAUCAGACAUUGGCUACCCAGCUCUGGGAGGAUAUCAAUAUCGAUGCCGGCAUGGUCGCUCUCCCGGAUGACUUAGUCGAAUUGCAUGGUCUUCGUGAAGCGCAACGUUUCCCUUGGGACGACUCACGCAGUAUAUAUUUGCUCAACGGAUACCACAACUUACACUGCAUUCGCGCCAUCUACCUGUCACUUCAAGAAUUCUACCGCGGUGACGAGCAGUCGCGCUCCUGGGGCCAUGUUCUCCACUGCGCAGAUGCUAUCCGCCAGGACAUUCUAUGCAAUGCUGAUGAUACGCCUCGAUAUUCGACAGAGAGUAAGAGACCGGAGUCCGGUGUGGGUCAAAUGCGGAUGUGUCGAAGCUGGGACAAGCUUGACGAAUGGGCGGAGAAGUAUAAUAGUUGUUAUGCUUAUGUGAAUCAGACAAGUGAGGAUCUACCUGAGAUUCAGAGAUUUGUGUAUUGUCCAGCGGGAAGUCCGUGGCGAGAGAAGGUUGUUGAGGUUUUU